AUGGAUGAUGGGCAGCCGACACCGACACGGAAGCCCGCCCCGGCCAACUCCGGUAGGGCCAGCGGUGCCCGCCGGGACUUGAAGAAGACCCACGCCGACUCGUGGCCGAGCAGUAGCAGCAUCACCAGCAAGCGCACCUCGUUGCCGGCCAGUCCGAAGAUCAUCAAAACCACCGAAGAUGACGUCGGCGACGUGUUCGACUACUGCAGCCCGACGGCCGUGACCACCCCGUCGACGGUGGAGCUCGACUACGUGGCCAUCAGUCCACGGUUUGAGCGCAAGCGGUUCGAGUUCUGCUAUCCCUCCGUCUCGAAGGAAGACUUCUCCAACAGCAUAUCAAUCGACACGCACGACAUCGAUCGGGCGAAGAAACGAAUUUAUCCCAGCAAAACGCCGGACAACUCGCUCGAGAAUGAAUCGAUACUGGAUGGGUCGAUGGCAAGCUGCAGCUCACCGGGCCACAGCAGCUCGGCCGUGACCCGGACCAAGUCUCCGUCGGUCUCACCGCGCCACUCGCGCCGCCAGCUCAACAGCGAAACGAUCAACAUCAUCUCGAACCCCGGCUACCAGGUUCUGAGGAACUCCCACUCGACGCUCGACCGGACCUGCUCGGACAGUGUGGUGUCGCUGGUAUGCCGCAAGUCCACCAGUGAUCUGACGCAGGUCAGCGAUGGCACCAUGAUGAUCGGCGGUGGAGGCGGAGGUCGCCACGGUCGGCGACGCAGCAGUCACAAGGGGGGCGGGCUCGCCUUCCUGGCCAGCCGGAAGGGUUCGCGGGACUCGAUCAAAAGUGCGGCCUCCAACGCGUCCGUCUUCUCGAACGAAGACCUUGGCCCUCUGGCGUUCCAGGCUUCGGCCCGCGGGCGCCAGCGGAGGACGUCCAACUUUCUGGAGCUUCCGGUGCCGGACCACGCGCGGCCCCGCGUUUGCUCGUUACCGGAGCGGCCAUACAAUCCGCGCCAGAGCGACGACCUGUACCGGUUACGGCACUUCUCGAUCAGCAAGGGCACGGUCGUCAACUGUGGCGACUCGAUCAUCUCGCGGCGGUCCAAGAGCAACACCAGCGUCAACUCGACCGCCAGCCGGGCCAGUGAACGGUCACCCUUCGAAGGAUCGUGCUGUGGUGGAGGGUACGCUACCGUCGACUCGCUUCCAUCGUCCCACGGCGAUGAGGACGACGAGAGUGAACCAAUCCCUACCAGGUACCGCGUGGUGAUGCUGGGUGACUCGGGCGUUGGCAAAACGGCACUGGUUUCACAGUUUAUGACGUCCGAGUACAUGCACACGUACGAUGCUAGCCUUGAUGAUGAGUUCGGCGAGAAGACCGUCAGUGUGCUGCUGGACACCGAGGAGUCCGAGAUGAUAUUUAUCGAUCACCCGAACGUGGAAAUGAGUGUGGAAAACUCGUUGUCAACGUACGAACCGCACGCCUGCGUCGUCGUCUACUCGAUCGUCGAUCGGAACUCGUUCCGGGUGGCGGAGGAAAUACUCAACUACCUCUGGUCCGAGCACUACACGAAGGAAAAGGCGGUCAUCAUCGCGGCCAACAAGUCGGACCUGGCGCGGGCCCGAGUCAUCACCACGGCCGAGGGCAAACACUUGGCCACUUCGCGUGAGGCAAAGUUUAUCGAAACUUCAAGCGGAAUUCAGCACAACGUCGACGAGCUGCUGGUUGGGGUGCUCAAACAGAUACGCCUGAAGGAGCAGCGCGAGAAGCGGGCCAGCGCCACGAACCUGCGCAACUCGCGCACCCAAAUGUCGCUGCACAUCGCCAAGGAGAUUCUGCACAAAAUCUGUCUCACCGACAUCACAAAGUCCAAGAGCUGCGAGAAUCUGCACGUCCUCUAAGCCUGUACGAAGGACGCGUACUUGGAAGAUCCCACAAUGCAGCAGAACCGUCGGAAGCCGCCGGACCGAGUUUUCCCACCGAGAAACGAAGGAAACGUCGGAAGGUCUACCGGACACCGGAGAUCGUUGGCAACAUUUAUAUAAGAAGAGAACCGAAACAAAUAGAACUCUACUUCCUUACGCGCUAUCGCACUUCUCUACAUCAGCAAAGACUGGCAUAUAUACACAAGGGAAACCUUACUGAAAACAUAUGAAACGUGCGUGUGUGGGUGUGUUUGAGGUUCCAACACGCUUCUUUACACAAUGUGGACACUGUGUCCGCCUUUUCUUUUGUUUCUCGGAUUGCUUACGGGAUUGAUUCCGGACGAAACACUAAACUCUCUUAAAUGCUAAACAAGCUCAGAAUGCGUAUCUUAUUAAAAUUAUCCUUAAAACGGAGGGCCGAGAAGAAGACCGUAAAACUAAUGUGUUGAUAAAGUGUUAGAGAGCAAAAGGGAUAAAGAUGCAGGAUGUCUUUACAAAACCUAACUAUUAUAUAAAUAUUGAUAUAUGAAAACAAAACUAUAUAUAUAUACAAAUAUUAACAUAUACAAACAGAGAGUAUACACACGUGUUA